AUGUCUGUCCUGCUGAUGGUGGGUGUGGUGAUGUGGUGGGCCCACGGAGGGGUGGGGGUACAGGGUGCUCCGUGUCCCGGAGGGGGCCUUGGUGACUGCCCUACCCAGCAGAGCAACACCUCCGGUGGGGGUGCGACCUCCAGGGACUACUGCUACACCGCCCGUAUCCGCUCCACCGUGCUCCAGGGCCUGCCCUUUGGAGGGGUGCCCACCGUCCUCGCACUCGACUUCAUGUGCUUCCUGGUGAGUAUAAAAAAAACACAGAGUUCAAAGGUCAAACGAAGAUGAGGAUACAAUAUUAUACAGCCGUAUACAUCGGAAAUGUUUCUUCAGCCUUCACCCCACACACAACAUACAGAGUAGUACAGAUCUGAGAAUAGAUCCAUCCAUUCUUAUGUUAGACACCGACUUCAGAUUUUUAGUAGGGCCCUAAGUUUUCUAUUGACCACUUGAUCUGGCCUGGUUACGGGGCUAGCUCUCACAUCAGGUCUCAUGCUCAGGAAAAACUCUGUGAAGUAUCUAGAUGUGUUUUCCUUCAGACAGACGGAACUGUGUUAUGAGGAAGUGUGCUUAACUGGUUAGAUGUGUACAAAAACAGCUUUUAGCUGACAUAGAACAGCCCCUCAAGGAAUUUCACUUCCCAAAAGUACCAUAUUUGAGAAGGCAGCCUAAUGUAUGGUGAGGCUACUCUCUACCCCCCCCCCCCCCCCCCCCCCCCUACUGAACCUCUCCCACCCUACUGAAGACAAAGGAUGAGCUUUUGACAAGCGGUCAGUUCUGUGUUUGUUUUAACGUGUGUAUGUGUUACCAUCCUAGGUCCUCCUGUUUGUAUUCUCCAUCUUAAGGAAGGUAGCGUGGGACUACGGCCGCUUAGCGCUGGUCACUGACGCAGACAGGUAAAUCACUACACUGCCUUCUUUACUAUGUGAUCCCUGCAGGAAUUGAACCCAAGACCUUGGCGUUGAGGAUUUGCCAGGAUACGGCUAAGGCUCCACACUCUUACCAACUGAGCCUCACAGACUAAGAGACACACUGGGAAGGAACACAGACAUGUUUAGUAUGUGAUCCCUGUUGGAGUGAACCCACAGGCGGAGAGGAGAGGAGAGGAGAGGAGAUGAGAGGAGCAGAGUGAUAGGCCAGAGGAGAGAGGAGGAGAGGUAGGAGUCGAUGAAUUCUUGCCUGUGCAGUUCGAAAACGAACUUUAAGUUUCUUCUAUUAGUCCAUCAGUCGUAUUUCUGAGUCAUUGAUUUCUCUUUUCUUUGUUUUAUUCUAUUUGAGGAGUUUUUAUUUUUCUGCGGGCUCGAUUGUGUAACUUGAGGAGGGGUAUCCUUGAGCUGUUUCUACAACCUGAUUGGAGUCCACCUGUGGUAAAUUCAGUUGAUUGGACAUGAUUUGGAAAGGCACACACCUGUCUAUAUAAGGUCCCACAGUUGACAGUGCAUGUCAGAGCAAAAACCAAGCCAUGAGGUCAAAGGAAUUGUCUGUAGAGCUCCGAGACAGGAUUGUGUCGAGGCACAGGUCUGGGGAAGGUCCCCAAGAACACAGUGGCCUCCAUCAUUCUUAAAAAACACAAAGCACUAGGCUGCAAAGAUAAGAGGGCCUGGCCUGCGAGCACACACACACACACACACACACACACACACACACACACAGACACACACACACACAGACACACACACACACACACAUACAGAUACACACACAGAUACACACACAGACAUACACACAGACAGACACACACACACACACACACACACAGACACACACACACACACACACAUACAGAUACACACACAGAUACACACACAGACAUACACACAGACAGACACACACACACACACACACACACAGACACACACACACACACACACACACACAUAGUGGUGACUGAACAGUAGACCACCACAGUAGUACAUAGUGGUGACUGAACAGUAGACUACCACAGUAGUACAUAGUGGUGACUGAACAGUAGACUACCACAGUAGUACAUAGUGGUGACUGAACAGUAGACUACCACAGUAGUACAUAGUGGUGACUGAACGGUAGACUACCACAGUAGUACAGCUAGAACACCGUCAGCAGUUUUAUUGGUUUCUUUCUGCAGCUGUUCUCCCAGACCAGGCUGUGUGUGUGUGUGUGUUUGUGUGUGUAUGUAUCUGUGUGUGUGUGUGUGUGUGUAUGUAUCUGUGUGUGUAUGUAUCUGUGUGUGUGUGUGUGUGUGUGUGUGUGUGUGUGUAUGUAUCUCUGUGUUAGUGUGUGUGUGUAUGUAUCUCUGUGUGUUUGUGUCUGUGUGUGUUUGUGUGUGUGUGUGUGUGUGUGUGUGCGCUCGCAGGCCAGGCUCUCUUAUCUUUGCUUUGUGUUUUUUAAGAAUGAUGGAGGCCACUGUGUUCUUGGGGACCUUCCCCAGACCUGUGCCUCGACACAAUCCUGUCUCGGAGCUCUACAGACAAUUCCUUUGACCUCAUGGCUUGGUUUUUGCUCUGACAUGCACUGUCAACUGUGGGACCUUAUAUAGACAGGCGUGUGCCUUUCCAAAUCAUGUCCAAUCAAUUGAAUUUACCACAGGUGGACUCCAAUCAAGUUGUAGAAACAUCUCAAGGAUGAUCGAUGGAAACAGGAUGCACCUGAGCUCAAUUUCGAGUCUCACAGCAAAGGGUUUGAAUACUCAUGUAAAUAAGGCAUUUCUGUUUUUUACUUGUAAUAAAUUAGCAAACAUUUCUAAACCUGUUUUCGCUUUGUCAUUAUGGGGUAUUGUGUGUAGAUUGAUGAGGAUUUUUAUUUAUUUAAUCAAUUUUAGAAUAAGACCGUAACGUAACAAAAUGUGGAAAAAGGGAAGGGGUCUGAAUACUUUCUGAAUGCACUGUUAUAUAGCAAGAAAAAUUCCAAAUAGAUUCCAGAUGUCCGUCAGCUAGCGUGCUAGCACUAAGCCAAGGUGGAGAAAGUUACUCCCGUAGCCUGCUUCACAGAACGUGCAGAAAAGUUGACAAAAAAAAGGGAGAACAGACGAGGUUCUACACAAUUACAGCAGGUAGGAUUUGUUCUUUUUGAGCCCACGGCAAGAAAGCAUCAGAGCCUGCCGUGCUAAUGGGUUCCCACUAGAUAACACAGCCACAAAGUCUGUGAAGCGCAUGAGGACUGUGACGUUAGCCAGCUUGAGCUAGCUACCCAGCUAGCAUAAGUUAAUAGUUAUGAUUCUGGGUUAUUACAUAUUUAUGUUUCUAGUUAUAGGUAAUCAAAUCGUGGCUACAACUAAGUUAAAAGUCUUUGACCACACUGUUAUUUUGGUGAGUAAAAACUCAUGCUUCCUACCCUUUAAUCAGUUGUAAAAAGGUUUUUGUAUGGGCUAUGAAAGGACCAGUUUUUCUAAUCGGCUCACCUUUUUUGUUUUUAUCCUGGAAAAACUCCUGGCCUUCGGGAGGAUGAAAAUUCUGUCAAACUGCAGCAACCUUCAUAUGAAUUAUAUUUAGACUAGACUAACGGGGUUUCCUCUACACAGAGACAGCAACGGAUGGACAAUAGAACUCACAGGGCAGAGCUUGCUUUAUGCAUGUUUGCGUGGUUUAGGCCGGGGACUUGCUCCCCUCUUGACAGCGGAGAGAAAAAAUUGUAAUUGUAGAGUUAAUUUCCUGCAAUUCUGCGCAUUUUGCUAUGGGGGCGUAGAGAAAAUGUUGCCAUUAUUAAAGCAAGCUUGCUGCAAUUCUAAACGUUUUUGCCAUGGGGCAGAGAGAAGAUUUAGUGAUUUUUAGCUGUAUGCACCUGCUGUUGUUAGUAGACUACAGUUUGACUGAAAAAACAUCUCGUUUUCAUCCCAUACAGCAUCUCUAAGGUUUAGGUCUAGCCGAAGCUGCUGUAACGUUUUAUGUAGAGAGUUUUUUGCUUGUCUGUCGAGUGAUGUAUCGUCACGUUUGCUAAAUAAAUACAGAGGGGGAAAAAAGCACACUUGAGGGAAAACAAUGCGCUGCGUCUUUAUGUCACUUUUAAUGGAUGAUUCGUUGGAAUCAUUCGGAAUUCAUUUCGACAUCCCAGUGAAGACAGUAGACAUGUCCAUAUGCUCAGCAAGUCAGGCAAUGUAAAUGGCAAUUACCUCUGCAAGCUGACACAGACCUUCGUUCAUUAGGCUACAUGAUCAAUGCUGUUUUUUUCCCAGAAGCUUGAAUCUGAUGUGGCGAUGAAAGGGGUUCUUCAACAAAAAAAGCUCCUCCUUAUUGUCGUUAGCGUUAGCACUUCUGGCGGAGAAAACUGCACUCUGGUAGCUAGCUAGCUACUUGCUACUGAAGUUAGCAAGGCAAAUUGAAAUAUAUUACACUAAUCUGACAAGUUCUAAAACCAAGAAAAAAUAUAAACUCAGCAAAAAAAGAAACCUUUUUCAGGAUCCUGUCUUUCAAAGAUAAUUCGUAAAAAUCCAAAUAACUUCACAGAUCUUCAUUAUAAAGGGUUUAAACACUGUUUCCCAUGCUUGUUCAAUGAACCAUAAACAAUUAAUGAACAUGCACCUGUGGAACGGUCAUUAAGACACUAACAGCUUAACAAUUAAGGUCACAGUUAUGAAAACAUAGCACACUAAAGAGGCCUUUCUACUGACUCUGAAAAACACCAAAAGAAAGAUGCCCAGGGUCCCUGCUCAUCUGCGUGAACGUGUCUUAGGCAUGCUGCAAGGAGGCAUGAGGACUGCAGAUGUGGCCAGGGCAAUAAAUUGCAAUGUCCGUACUGUGAGACGCCUAAGACAGCGCUACAGGGAGACAGGACGGACAGCUGAUUGUCCUCGCAGUGGCAGACCACGUGUAACAACACCUGCACAGGAUCAGUACAUCCGAACAUCACACCUGCGGGACAGGUACAGGAUGGCAACAACAACUGCCUGAGUUACACCAGGAACGCACAAUCCCUCCAUCAGUGCUCAGACUGUCUGCAAUAGGCUGAGAGAGGCUGGACUGAGGGCUUGUAGGCCUAUUGUAAGGCAGGCCCUCACCAGACAUCACUGGCAACAACGUCAUCUAUGGGCACAAACCCACCGUCGCUGGACCAGACAGGACUGGCAAAAAGUGCUCUUCACUGACGAGUCACGGUUUUGUCUCACCAGGGGUGAUGGUCGGAUUCGCGUUUAUCGUCGAAGGAAUGAGCGUUACACCGAGGCCUGUACUCUGGAGCGGGAUCGAUUUGGAGGUGGAGGGUCCGUCAUGGUCUGGGGCGGUGUGUCACAGCAUCAUCGGACUGAGCUUGUUGUCAUUGCAGGCAAUCUCAACGCUGUGCGUUACAGGGAAGACAUCCUCCUCCCUCAUGUGGUACCCUUCCUGCAGGCUCAUCCUGACAUGACCCUCCAGCAUGACAAUGACACCAGCCAUACUGCUCAUUCUGUGCGUGAUUUCCUGCAAGACAGGAACGUCCGUUUUUCUGCCAUGGCCAGCGAAGAGCCCGGAUCUCAGUCCCAUUGAGCACGUCUGGGACCUGUUUGAUCGGAGGGUGAGGGCUAGGGCCAUUCCCCCUAGAAAUGUCCAGGAACUUGCAGGUGCCUUCGUGGAAGAGUGGGGUAACAUCUCACAGCAAGAACUGGCAAAUCUGGUGCAGUCCAUGAGGAGAUGCACUGCAGUACUUAAUGCAGCUGGUGGCCACACCAGAUACUGACUGUUACUUUUGAUUUUGACCCCCCCCUUUGUUCAUGGACACAUUAUUCCAUUUCUGUUAGUCACAUGUCUGUGGAACUUGUUCAGUUUAUGUCACAGUUGUUGAAUCUUGCUAUGUUCAUCACAAAUAUUUACACAUUUUAAGUUUGCUGAAAAUAAACGCAGUUGACAGUGAGAGGACGUUUCUUUUUUUGCUGAGUUUAAAAUCUACCUCAGUCACCUGUAGUUUGAAGAAAACAAAUUUGAUUUCCUAAAAAUCACUAUUCACUAUCUCAAUCUAUCCAACAAUGUCACCAACUCACCAAGCUUCUAAAUCACACAUCCGUAGUACUAGGUUAAUUCUUUGAUGGAUGGAUAACGUGUUAGUUCAUACUGUAAAAGCUUUGAUUGGAUGGGAGGACGUCCUCCAGAAGUCGUCAUAAUUACCAUGUAGGUCUAUGGAAAGGAGUGAGGAGCACGAGCCUCCUAGGUUUUGUAUUGAAGUCAAUGUAGCCAGAGGAGGACGGAAAAUGACUGUGCUGUUGAGACUACUGUAGACCUUCGUUGCAAAACAGUGCGUUUUAGUCCAGGUAUUUUUGACGUGAAUAUAAUUUGAUCUAAAAAGGAUAAAAACAAUUCUGAGGAGCCUCCACUGGUGGAUGUGGUAGCAAAGAUAACUCUGCUGUAUUGGGUGGCUAGGACAGGGCCAGGGUGAUGGUCCAUAGAUAGGCCUGUUGCAGGGUGAUGGUCCAUAGAUAGGCCUGUUGCAGGGUGAUGGUCCAUAGAUAGGCCUGUUGUUUACCCAGCUGCGUACCUGCAGGACUUGUAUUUGAUCUCAUUUACAGACAGUGAAUCCCGUUUGGCUUAACAUCUAGGCCUAAUGUAUAUCUGUUUUGAAGGUUUUUAUUUAUUAUGAACCUAAUAUAAGCAGCCAUUUUAUGGAUUAGUGGUCUUUAUGGUUCUGAUAUUAAAUAGACAAUACUCAGACUAAUACCUGUUUUGCGCACGACAGUAUUUGUACUCUUGUCCAAGCUUGUGGCCCUCUGUAGCUCAGUUGGGAUAGCGUGGGGCUUGAAACGCCAGGACAGUGGGUUCGAUUCCCAGGACCACCCAUAUGUAAAAUGUGUGUGCGCACAUGAUUUGAGUGGCUUUCGUUGAAGGCGUCUGCUAAUGGCAUAGAUGUGAUAUAUUAUGCUGUUUGGAAAUGUUUCUAAUAUAUCUAUGUAUAACCCCAGCCAUAGGCCCUCUGUCACUGUAAAGAGACAACUAAUAUUGAACUCCCCGACUGUGAUUGAACCUGAUUAACUGCAUUGAUCACUAGUUUCUCCUCCAGGACUCUCCCAAGCUCAUCUCCGCCAUGUUGUUUUGUUUUUCUCUCUGAAGACAGAGUCAGCGAUACAGCCGUCUGGACGACCAGGAAUAGUAUGUCUUCUUACCGCGUCACACCGCUCAUCUUCCUCUUGUCACAUUGCUGCUUCUCUUCCUCCUUGCACUCCUCUUAUCUUCUAGGAGCAACUCUCUUCCUUCCAUUCCUACCUAAGCUGGUGUGGGUUGGGUUGGCCUGCUCUCUCUCUCUCUCUCUCUCUCUCCUCUCUCUGUGUAUCUCUCUCUCUCCUGUGUCUCUCUCUCUCUCUUCUCAUCUCUGUGUCUCUCUCUCUCUGUGGCAUCUCUCUCUCUCUCUCUCUCUCUCUUCUCUCCUCUCCUCUCUCUGUCUCCAUGCCUCUCUGUCUCUCCUAGUCUUCUGUCCUCUGUCCUCUCUGUCUUGUCUCUUCUCUGUCCUCUCUCGUCUCUGUCUCUCUCCUGGAUCUCUAUCUGUCUCUCUGGUUCUCUCAUCUGUCUCUCGUCCUCGGUCUGCUCUCUCUCUCUGGUCUCUCUCUCUGUCUGGUCUCUGCUACUCGUUAUCUCUGUCUCUCUGUCUCUCUGUCUCUCUGUUCUUCUCUGUUCUCCUCUCUUCUCUCUCUCUCUCUCUCUCUCUCUCUCUCUCUCUCUCUCUCUCUCUCUCUCUCUCUCUGUCUCUCUCUCUGUCUCUCUGUCUCUCUGUCUCUCUGUCUGUCUCUCUGUCUCUCUGUCUCUCUGUCUCUCUCUCUCUCUCUCUCUCUCUCUCUCUCUCUUUUCUCUCUCUCUCUCUCUCUCUCUGUCUCUCUCUCUGUCUCUCUGUCUCUCUCUCUGUCUCUCUGUCUCUCUCUGUCUCUCUGUCUCUGUCUCUCUGUCUCUGUCUCUCUCUCUGUCUCUCUCUCUCUCUCUCUGUGGGUUUUCUUUCCUUCUCUCUCUCUAGGAUUUCUUCUUCUCCAUGCCAGACUCCUGUUCUCUCCAUCCUCUGUUUUUAACCCUGCUGCUGGAUCUCUCUGUGUCGGUCUGUUUUUAACCCUGCUGCUGUAUCUCUCUCUGUGUCUGUCUGUGUCUCUGUCUGUCUGUUUUAACCCUGUUGCUGGAUGUUCUCUCUCUCCUUAACUAAUCAGCUCUAUGUGCUAAUCUAUGUGUCGUCGUUAAACUCUCUGACAAGCAGCAUGCCUUUCCUGUCCUACUGUAUGAGUGCACCUCUUGAGGCGCCCAGCAGUCAGGAUGCUUACAGGGUGGAGAGGUAUGGGAACUAGUAACUACACACCUCACCCUGUGGUUGUGUAGACGCCGUCAAGCUCCUGAAUCCUGACUGGUUAUCCCUACCUACAGCUCCUGUAUGUCUUAGUCUGUGGUGGUUCUGUACUGCUAACCACCUCUUCCUACCAAUCAGCUGUGUCUGUGGUGGUUCUGUACUGCUAACCACCUCUUCCUACCAAUCAGCUGUGUGUCUGUGGUGGUUCUGUACUGCUAGCCACCUCUUCCUACCAAUCAGCUGUGUCUGUGGUGGUUCUGUACUGCUAGCCACCUCUUCCUACCAAUCAGCUGUGUCUGUGGUGGUUCUGUAUUUCUAUACUAGACAUGAUUCUGAGGUAUUCCCCCCCCCCCCCCCCCCCCCCCGGGGUUUCUCUGGGUGAAGUCGUCCUUUUAAUGCUUUAAUGUUGUACGCUUGGCGGCUGACAUUUAGCAGAGGUUAUCCAGUUCUUCCAGUACUAAAGCAUUAAUGGAGAUAGCCUGGUCCCAGAUCUGUUUGUGCGGUCUUGUUAACCCUUAGGGUCUUUGGCAAGACAGACUGUACAAACAGUUCUGGGACCAGGCUGUAAUUGAGAUUACUGAUCCCAAUAUCUGACCUGGGGACUUUGAUGAAUAAAAUGAGUUUUGAUAGUUCCCUCGGCCAUAUAAUAUUAUUCAUUAAUCUGAAAGGCAAAAAAACGUAUCCUGGAUCAGCACUCCUGCUCUGAGACUGAAUACUGGACCAGAGCUCUGCUGGAUAGUCAGUGGCGUGUUGGGUUACAUCACUCUGUCAGUGUUUCUCAAUCCUGGUGCUGGGGACAUUUUAGCACAUUUUUCCUUUUGCCGUAGAAUUCAGACACCGGUUUCAAAUCACAGGCCUGAUGAUUAGUAGAAUCAGCUGUGUUGGUGCUAGGGCAGAAAUAAAAAGGUGCAUCCCUUUGGGUCCCCGGGACCAGGAUUGAGAACCACUGCUCUCGGUCUGUGUAUUAACGACUCUACACAUUGGUGUUCUGUUGUCUCUGUGAAUACCCUUCUUUCUCUAGCUAGCAUCUGUCAUCUUAAAGGCCCAGUGCAGUCAAAAAACGUGAUUUUCCUGUGUUUUAUAUAUAUGUUUCCACACUAUGAGGUUGGAAUAAUACUGUGAAAUUGUGAAAAUUAUGAGAAUGCCUUUUUUUUAGUGUAAGAGCUGUUUGAAAAGACAGCCUGAAAUGUUCAGCCUAUUUUGGUGGGAUGUAGUUUGGGCCUUCCAUGGUGACAUCACCAUGCAAUACAUUUGUUAAUAGACCAAUAAGGAAGAUGAUUCUAAACCUCUCUGCCAAUAACAGCUAAUUUUCUGUUUUCCCCUCCCCACUCCGAUCACUCCCACGUCUGCAUUGGACCUUUAACAGGCUUGUGUCUCUGACAGAGAGAAACUCUGUGUUGAGACAGUUUGUGUGUAUCUCUAGAAUCCUCAAACUGCAGGAAAUGAGGCUGUAGAGGUUUGUUCUUGAUCAUUGUUGUCUCACUGAUAGGGUUGGGGCGGUAUUCAGAUUUUCAUACCGUUUCUGUACCAUACCGGGGUAUGAAAAAUGUAUGCACUCACUUAACUGUAAGUCGCUCUGGAUAAGAGCGUCUGCUAAUUGACUAAAAUGUAAAUGUAUACGUAUUGCCGGAAGUGCACACAAAGGGCGCUAUUUAAAAUAAAAAUAAAACGGGGAUCUUGAUCCAGGAGGGGAUUGAUUGUCUCUAGUCUGGGUACCAGUUCUUUUUAGCUAACAUUCCACUCCUUGCCUCUCCAUGUCAUCGCCAAAGAGACUGUUCUCCUCGAGCUCAUUUAAUGAUAGAAUGUUCACGUUUGAAGAUUGCAUAAAGUCCAGUCUCCUUGGCGAUGACAAGGAGUGGAAUGUUAGCUGAAGAGACUGGUGCUCAGGCUAGGAUGUCUCUGGUGUAACCAAAAGGUUGAUCUUCCCACUGAAACCCCAACCCUGUCUCGGGUCAAUUGCAUUUUCAAUUCUGUCAAUUCAGGAAAUAAACAGAAAUUCCAGAAUUGGAAUGUAAGUGGUACAACAGUGUGAACACAGCCCAGGACCAACCUCUCCAGCCCAUUUCAGAGCCUAAUGCAUGUGUGGCCAGUGAACUAACUACUCUGUGAAUAAAUACACUGUUGAUACUGUACUACGAUGGUGAUAUCAAAGCCUAACUAUUUGAGAUCAGGUUUGUUGUUGGGGAGUGCUAUGCUAAUGCUUGGCUAAAGCUAUCUCCAUCAGGUUUGUUUUUGGGGAGCGCUAGGCUAAUGCUAAGCUAGGCUAAUACUAAUUUGACCUUUUUAACAUUGUGUGUGUGCAGUGUGGCGUCUGCCAUAACGUCAGAGCUUCCCGAUCGCUACGAACGCCUGACCUCUGUCUCCAGCUCAAUGGACUUUGAGCAGAGAGACACCGUAAGUACUACUUCCUGGUUUUACUGGGGUCAUGGGGUGUGGAGCGACUACGCUAGGGGCGGCGGUUUCCAGCCUUGUCUGUUCAGGAGUCCACCGAAUCACAGUCAAAAGCUCUUGAGGACCGCCGUCGAGGAGUCACAGAAAAAUGUGCAUUGUGAAAAGUAAUGUCAAAAUGCAUAAUACCAUUAAUACUGACUACUGUUGUUAUUUUUGGAAGAAGAAAAUGCAUAAUUUGAAAAUAGAUUUUGUGGACCACCUGCAGUAGCCAACCACUGCACCAGGACUAAACUACAACAGAAAAACAUGUUUGAGAAAGAGCUUGUAAUUAAUUAAUUCAUAUUGUCGGUAGAGCUGGCACAGUUACCGUGUAUCUGACGGUUAUGGAUGAAGACCGUCAUGAAAAUUAAAUAACAGUCAUAGCCGUUCAACACAUACAGUACCAGUCAAAAGUUUGGACACCUACUCAUUUCAGGGGUUUUCUUAAUUUUUUUUACUAUUUUCUACAUUGUAGAAUAAUAGUGAAGACAUCAAAACUAUGAAAUAACACAUAUGGAAUCAUGUAGUAACCAAAAAAGUGUUAAACAAAUUAAAAUAUAUUUUAUAUUUGAGAUUCUUCAAAUAUCCACCCUUUGCCUUGACAGUUGCACACUCUUUGCAUUCUCUCAACCAGCUUCAUGAGGUAGUCACCUGGAAUGCAUUUAAAUUAACAGGUGUGCCUUGUUAAUUUGUGGAAUUUAUUUCCUUAAUGCGUUUGAGCCAAUCAGUUUUGUUGUGACAAGGUGCAUGUUUACCUCAGAACAAUAUACAGUUUAGGAAGAGCUAGAAAUGCUCAGGGUUGGGUUGGGUUGUGAUUGGAGUGGUUUGCUUAGUCCACUACUGUCACGUGGCAUUGCAAGAAGAAUAUCCCAGAGGAUAUAAUGAAGUCUAUCUAACCUAACCUAAUCCACGGCAUAUCUAACCUAAUCCACGGCAGACCUAACCUAAUCUACGGCAGACCUAACCUAAUCUACGGCAGACCUAACCUAAUCUACGGCAGACCUAACCUAAUCUACGGCAGACCUAACCUAAUCUACGGCAGACCUAACCUAAUCUAGGGCAGACCUAACCUAAUCUAGGGCAGACCUAACCUAAUCUACGGCAGAUCUCAUCUCAUCUAAGGCAGAUCUAACCUCAUCUAAUCUACGGCAGAUCUAACCUCAUCUAUGACAGAUCUAACCUCAUCUCAUCUAUGGCAGAUCUAACCUCAUCUAAUCUAAGACAGAUCUAAUCUCAUCUAAGGCAGAUCUAACCUAACCUCAUCUAUGGCAGAUCUAACCUAACCUCAUCUAUGGCAGAUCUAACCUUAUCUAAUCUACGGCAGAUCUAACCUCAUCUAUGACAGAUUUAACCUAAUCUCAUCUAAGGCAGAUCUAAUCUCAUCUAAGGCAGAUCUAACCUAACCUCAUCUAUGGCAGAUCUAACCUUAUCUAAUCUACGGCAGAUCUAACCUCAUCUAUGACAGAUCUAACCUCAUCUCAUCUACGGCAGAUCUAACCUCAUCUACGGCAGAUCUAACCUCAUCUAUGGCAGAUCUAACCUCAUCUCAUCUACGGCAGAUCUAACCUUAUCUAAUCUACGACAGAUCUAACCUCAUCUAUGGCAGAUCUAACCUCAUCUCAUCUACGGCAGAUCUAACCUCAUCUAAUCUACGGCAGAUCUAACCUCAUCUAUGGCAGAUCUAACCUCAUCUAAUCUACGGCAGAUCUAACCUAAUUUAUGGCACAUCUAACCUAAUCUCUUCUCUCUCUAGGGCUUCUGCUCCUGGUUAACAGCCAUCUUCCGCAUAAAGUGAGUCUCCCAUAAAGUUGGUUGUUUGUGUGUGUGUGUGUGUGUUAGAGAACGACCGAUUAUUGGCCUUUUCUAGUGUAUCAGCUAUUGGCCUUUCUCCAUGGACCGACAAUCCCUCUACAUGGCAAAACUGCUGCUAUGCCAGCCGCCACUCCCUGCCUGAUCCCCGAGCACUGCACAGUGCUGAGGAAUGUCUAUCUGGGAAGAUCAGCAGCAAGCUAGCACAUUCUCCAACACAAAGGUGCAGUAUUGAGAAACUGAUGAAUUGACACAGUGACCAAAAUCGAACUCCUUUUGCGAAUAUUAGUUUAGUUCAAUUCACUAAUAAUAUGGCUUUUGUCUACGUGCCCGGAACUGCGUGCAAUAAACUAGCUAGCUAAGCAGACAGCUAUGUGACCUGUUGGCAAAGAUGACUGAUAAAUUAACCCUUUCAUCUGUGGUGUUAGCUCGCUAACUAUAUUAGCUAAUAUGCUAGCAAACUGGCUAGAUAAACAUAUCAGUUAGGAGCUAAUAGCCAACGUAGCUAGCUAACGUUAGCAGGUUAUCAUUUUGAACACGCACCAUUUUGGGAAACGAGCCAUCUGACUUGCGGUGUAACGUUUAACUAUUUACUGGUGUACUGAUCUGACCAGCCACAAUCGUAUCCGUAAAUUGACAGUUGAUAGUUGGAUUAGAUGAUUGUGGUAAUAGGGAAAGAAGGAAGUGUUUUAAAAUGCCUAAAUAAAGGUUGGCAAUAGGUUUAGCUACCUCAGAAUCUCCCUGCAUGUUUAUGGACCAAGAAAGCUGUAGAUCAGCGCCUGUGUGUGCGUUCUCACUUCUCCAAACAAUGGGCAGAUUUGAGUCAUUCAGACAGAACAUCAUUGUUUCAUGUUAUUUCCUAUCCUCACCCUCCAUGUUAGAUGUUAUGCACAUUUAUGGAUUGGUAUCAAACGUCAUCGCCAUUGAGCUAGUUGUCAUCGUAGCGGGAAACAUCAAGUGAUGUGGGCGAUGGAGAGAAGAUGUGAGGAGAUGUGAAAGGGAGCAGAGUUGCAGCCUCGCUCGAUCCAAUCGCAGCAGUGGGAUCAAGUUACAAACCGCCCAUUUCUUGACAGAUAGCUGAACUAGCCAAUUGAGCUUAGAAUUUCGUCCUGGCAGCUGAGUUGUUUAGAGAUGUGUCCUGACAGCUGGAAAAAAAAAAAUAGUUUUCCCGAUCACGGAAAAUGACAAAACAAAUACUAUACUGAACAAAAAUAUAAUCACAACAUGCAACAAUUUCUAAGAUUUUACUGAGUUACAGUUCAUAAAAGGAAAUCAGUCAAUUGAAAUAAAUUAAGGCCCUAAUCUAUGGAUUUCACAUGACUGGGAAUACAGAUAUGCAUCUGUUGGUAACAGAUACCUUAAAAAAAAGUAGGGCCAUGGAUUAGAACACCAGUCAGUAUCUGGUGUGACCACCAUUUGCCUCAUGCAGCGCGACACAUCAUCCUUCGCAUGGAGUUGAUCAAGCUGUUGAUUGUGGACUGUGGAAUGUUGUCCCACUCCUCUUCAAUGGCUGUGCGAAGGAUAUUGGCGGGAACUGGAACAUGCUGUCGUACAUGUCGAUCCAGAGCAUCCCAAACAUGCUCAAUGGGUGACAUGUCUGAGUAUGCAGGCCAUGGAAGAACUGGGACAUUUUCAGCUUCCAGGAAUUGUGUAAAGGUCCUUGCGACAUGGGGCCGUGCAUUAUCAUGCUGAAACAUGAGGUGAUGGCGGCAGAUGAAUGGCACGACAAUGGGCCUCAGGAUCUCGUCACGGUAUCUCUGUGCAUUCAAAUUGCCAUCGAUAAAAUGAAUUGUGUUUAUUGUCCGUAGCUUAUGCCUUCCCAUACCAUAACCCCACCGCCACCAUUGGGAACUCUGUUCACAACGUUGACAUCAGCAAACUGCUCGCCCACACAACGCCGUACACGUGGUCUGCUGUUGUGAGGCCGGUUGGACGUACUGCCAAAAUCUGCUAGAGAAAUUAACAUUCAAUUCUCUGGCAACAGCUGUGGUGGACUUUCCUGCAGUCAGCAUGCCAAUUGCACGCUCCUUCAAAACUUGAGACAUCUGUGGUGUUGUGUGACACAACUGCAUAUUUUAGAGUGGCCUUUUAUUGUCCCCAGCACAAGGUGCACCUGUGUAAUGAUCAUGCUGUUUAAUCAGCUUCUUGAUAUGCCACACCUGUCAGGUGGAUGGAUUAUCUUGGCAAAGGAGAAAAACAAAUUUGUGCACAACAAUUUGAGAGAAAUAAGAUUAUUGUGCGUAUGGACAAUUUCUGGGAACUUUUAUUUCAGCUCCUGAAACACUUUACAUGUUGCGUUUUAUAUUUUUGUUCAGUGUAGUUUCCUUGAUCACAAAUCAUGACAUUACGUUCGACCUAUUUUUAUAUUCUCAAACUAACAGCAGUGAAUAUUUUAUAUAAUUGCAAUUGUUUUGAAAAUGGAUGCGUUAAUGCAUACAUGGAUGUCUCUGAGAUAUUAUAUUAUAUUAUUAUAGUUUACAUAAUAAUAUUUACAUUUACAAAUGUAAUGAUAUUGAUAUUGAAUAUCGGCUUAAAAUAUCGUCCAUCGGCCUCCUUGACCCCAAAAAAAUCAUUAUCGGCAUCGGCCCUAAAUAAUCCAUAUUGGUCGUUCUCGUGUGUGUGUGUGUGUUGUGUGUGUGUGUGUGUGUGUGUGUGUGUGGGACAGCAAGAGAGUGAAAAUGAUAUUGGAAUUUAGUAAUUAGUGUUUUGUGAGUGAGUUAAACUGUCAGUGACUGUGUUCAGAGCUCUGCACGGAGGACCCUGGUUAGUAUCUCUCUGACUGUGUUCUUGUAUAAAAUACUCUGUCUCAAAGUGACUUUCCUGGUUAAAUAAAGAUGGGACCACCCAUACGUAAAAAUGUAUGCACGCAUGACUGUAAGUCGCUUUUGGAUAAAAGCGUCUGCUAAAUGGCUUAUUAUUAUUAUUAUUAUUAUUAUUAUUAUUAUGAUGCCGUUAAAUAAAAUAAAUGCUCUCUCUCCAGGGAUGAGGAGAUCAGGGAGAAGUGUGGGGAGGAUGCUGUUCACUACCUCUCCUUCCAGAGGCACAUCAUUGGUCUGCUGGUGGUGGUGGGCGUGCUCUCAGUGGCCAUCGUUCUGCCCGUCAACUUCUCAGGAAAUCUAUUGGGUGAGUGGGGUUUAGGGGGCGGGACUUCAGGAAGGCUUGAGAGCCAAACACUGGAAUGGUGGCCAUGGCGACGUCCCAACUGGCACCCUUUUCCCCUUGUAGUGCACUUGUUUUGAUCAGGGCCCUGUGGGUUUCCCCAUGGACCCUGGUCUAAAGUAGUGCACUAUAUAGGGAAUAGGGUGCCAUUUGGGACGAAUCCCUAGUAGUCAUCACUGCUCCUGAGUGGCGCAGUGGUCUGAGUGGGGCAGUGGUCUGAGUGGGGCAGUGGUCUGAGUGGCGCAGUGGUCUAAGGCACUGCAUCGCAGUGCUAACUGUGCCACUAGAGAUCCUGGUUCGAAUCCAGGCUCUGUCGCAGCCGGCCGCGACCGGGAGACCCAUGGGGCGGUGCACAAUUGGCCCUGCGUCGUCCAGGGUAGGGGAGGGAAUGGCCGGCAGGGAUGUAGCUCAGUUGAUAGAGCAUGGCGUUUGCAACGCCAGGGUUGUGGGUUCGAUUCCCACGGGGGGCCAGUAUGAAAAAAAUAUGUAUUCACUAACUGUAAGUCGCUCUGGAUAAGAGCGUCUGCUAAAUGACUAAAAUGUAAAUGUAAGUUCCUUACUUCAGAAGUUGUUUAGUUCAGAUAGUUGGGUUUUUAGGACUUUGAGGUUAUUAUAGAUUUAAUUGUAUCUAUUUUAACUUCGAUGGCUCAAGGGUUAUAUUGUUGUAUUUUCCAUCUUGUCGUCACAUGAACCAUCAAAGUGGAGGCAAACAAAGUGAGUAAAUAGCCUUGUCCCAGCCAGAAAGUAGCUUUAGACUCCUGCCCUGUCCUGGGCUCGGACAUCUCCUGAUGCCCCCUGGGUAGGACUAGACUCCUGCCCUGUCCUGGGCUCGGACAUCUCCUGAUGCCCCCUGGGUAGGACUAGACUCCUGCCCUGUCCUGGGCUCGGACAUCUCCUGUUUCUGUAGCGUGAGCCGGCUUGGUGCCCCCUGGGUAGGACUAGACUCCUGCCCUGUCCUGGGCUCGGACAUCCUGUUUCAGCCUGUGCCCCCUGGGAGGACAGACCCUGUGCCUGGCAUCUCCGCGUAGGGAGGGUGAUGCCCGCUGGUAGGAUAGAACUCCGCCCAGGUUCUGGGUUCGAUUCCCACGGGCGGGGCCACCGGUAUGGACUAAAUUCCCUGUCUGGUCACUACUGUACGUGUCUGGUAGAGCCAGCUGAUGACCCAAUGGUAAUGUAAUCUGCCUUCUGGUCGGACAUUUGUUUAUUCAGUAGUUGAGAGUUUGAUGCUCUGGGGUUUAGACUAGACUCUCUUUGGUGAUCUAUUUUACUGUCGUGGCUCAGGGUUUGUGCCCAUCUUGGUAGGACUAGAACCUCAAGUUGGAGCAACACAAGUGAUUGUAUAGCCUGUCCCGCCAGGUAGACUAGACUCCUGCCCUGUCCUGGGCUCGGACAUCUCCUGUUUCUGUAGCGUGAGCCGGCCUGAUGCCCCCUGGGUAGGACGCUGGUCUAGCGUAGGACCUUAACCCCCAAUCCAUCUCCUUUCCUGCCAAGCAGAGAAGCAUCAGGUCCCAUUUUUAGAGCCUUUGGUAUGACUUGACCGGGGAUUGAACCCCCAACCUUCCUAUCUCAGGGUGGACACUUUAACCACAAGGUCCCUGUGUUACAAGGAUAAAGACCUAGAAGUAAUUCUUUAAGAAGUGGUGUUAUUAGAUUUAGGACAAACCACUGUUAAUUACUAUCAAUGUUCUCCUGUGUAGAGAAAGCUGUGGUCAUGCAGGUCAGAUUGGACUGAAGCCAUUGUCAAUAUGUUCUGUGUAUCACAUGAGUUGAAUUCUUCUCAUCAGCCACAACCUCCUCUAAAGCCCACCCAUGGAAUAACUAGAAUGGACAAAGACACUAGACGCCAAUCCACCCGUAGAAAUAGAAUGAACUAGAACGUACAGUAUAUUCCCAUUCAAUAACCCACCCGUAGAAAUAGAAUGAACUAGAACGUACAGUAUAUUCCCAUUCAAUAACCCACCCGUAGAAAUAGAAUGAACUAGAACGUAUGCUUCAUCAGACAGACACGUAUAUUCCCAUUGCUUAACCCACCCUGAAUCAAUGAAGUCAAACAUCUUUUUUCGUUUUUCCACACAGAACAAAUAACUAGCCUACAGUUAUUCCCAUUAUACCAAUCUGGAUGCAAGAUGAUGACGUACAUUAUCUUCCUUAUUACCACCAAUAGAAAAUAGAUGGAUAGACUACAGUUUUAUAAUCCCCGUAUACUAGAAUGACUGACGUACAGUAUGUCCUUCAUACCACCUGUAGAUUUACGGAUCUGACGUUAUGCUUCGUCAGCGCUGUCGUAAUGUCCUGUAUUCUGCUGUUCUACCUGCCUCCAUGAGUCACUCUUUUUUCUGUUUUCAAGAACAUGCUACAUGUUUGGCGGCCACUAUGUCUGGAUGCCAAGUGGUGAUUCGUCCUUUGUGCUUCCUGUAUGACAUGUCCUUCAGAUGGAUGGUUGGUGUCUGCUACUGGCUUUAUUCUGGUCUGUCUGCCUGUCUGUGUUUCGGUCUGCCUGUCUGUCUGUGUUUCGGUCUGCCUGUCUUGGUUUCGGUCUGCUGGUCUUUUCGGCUGUCUGUCUGUCUGUCUGCCUGCCUGUUCUGCCUGUCCUGUCUCUUGUGCUUCGGUCUGCCUGUCUCUGUGUUUCGGUCUGUCUCUGUCUCUGUGUCUGGUCUGCUCUGUCUGUCUGUGUUUCGGUCUGUCUGCCUGUCUUCUGUCUGCUUCUGUGUCUCGUCUGCCUGUCUCGUUUCGUCUGCCUGUCUCUGUGUUCUGUCUGCCUGUCUGUCUGUGUUUCGGUCUGCCGUUCUGUUUUCGGUCUGCCUGUCUCUGCCUGUCUCUGUCUGCCUGUCUGUCUGUGUUUCUGUCUGCCUGUCUGUCUGUCUGUCUGUCUGCCUGUCUGUCUGUCUGUGUUUCGGUCUGCCUGUCUGUGUGUUCGGUCUGUCUGCCUGUCUGUGUUUCGGUCUGCCUGUCUCUGUGUUUCGGUCUGCCUGUCUCUGUGUUUCGGUCUGUCUGUCUGUCUGUCUGUCUGUCUGUGUUUCGGUCUGCCUGUCUGUCUGUCUGCCUGUCUCUGUGUUUCGGUCUGCCUGUCUCUCUGUCUGCCUGUCUCUGCCUGUCUCUGUGUGUCUGCCUGUCUGUUUCUCUGUCCCCUCCUCAUAGUAACACGCUCCUGUGGCUAACUGGGUUUUAUCUGUUUCUCUGUCCCCUCCUCAUCAGUAACACACUCCUGUGGCUCCACACCACCUUUGCGUUCCUCUACCUGUUGUUGACUGUCUACAGCAUGAGACGACACACCUCCAAGAUGCACUACAGAGAGGACGACCUGGUGGGUGGUCCUGAACACACACACCAAUGAUCCUAAAUAUCACUCCACUAACUGUAUGCAGGCUGGAUACUAAAUGGAGGUCAAUGUGAAAAGUCGACCGUAUCUUCAUUUCUGGCUCUUUUUCACCUUUUUUUUUUUUUAGGUGAAACGCACUUUAUUUGUCAACGGGAUCUCCAAGUAUGCAGAGGAGAAGCACAUAAAGCAACACUUUGAGUAAGUGCUGUCUGUUCCCUGCAUCUGGCAACACUUUGAGUAAGUGCUGUCUGUUCCCUGCAUCUGGCAACACUUUGAGUAAGUGCUGUCUUGUUCCCUGCAUAUGGCAACACUUUGAGUAAGUGCUGUCUGUUCCCUGCAUAUGGCAACACUUUGACUAAGUGCUGUCUGUGUGUGUGUGGGGGGCCCAUGUGUCCCAGCACUAUACAGACAAUAGCAGGCCUGUCUGGAUGCUGGUUCCUAAAAGAAGGCGUAUGAGCUGGAUCAUGUGAUUCGUGUGUUUGGCUGUAGGAGGAGGAGGGCUGGGACACAAACACACUGGGAGGGACUGGCUAGAUCACCUCCUGCUAGAUCACCUCCUGCUAGAUCACCUCCUGCUAGAUCACCUCCUGCUAGAUCACCUCCUGCUAGAUCACCUCCUGCUAGCCAUGCCAAAUAGUAUUACACUAAAUCUAAUUUUGUUCACCACAGGCAGGCUCUUGUGUUCCAGAAAUACCUCUCUCUCUCUCUCUCCUGUAAUGUUGUCUGUCCCUUCAGACGUAAAGGAUGAGGACGCACACCUGUGAGACAGAGACAUGUCAGAGAGAGACUUCAGGCAGUAAGAGAGAGAGAGAGAGAGAGAGGGAAAAAACCAAGAGGAAGAAGGUGACGUGAGAUUUGGCCAGUAGCCUGCAGAGAGAGAGAGACCCAAAUGUGAGAUUUGUCCAGUGAGAGGGAGAGGGAGAGAGAGGGAGAGAGAGGGAGAGGGAGAGAGACCCACAUGUGACACCUUAGGCCAGGAUAUCAAUGUAAUUCAUCCUAUUGAGUGUUUUGAUGUAGUAAAAUGUCAUUAGAUUACAGUCCUGUAAUAGUGAACAUUAGAUUACUGGAAUAAAGAAGCUGCAUCAUGUCUUCAAUUUGAAAUGCUUUGUAUCUGAAACUAAUCUACUUCCUGUCAUGGUGGUGUGGUUCUGUACAGUUACUGACAGUGGUCACUGUGACCGUAGAAACAGAAUGACUAGAACAGACUUUGACAUUACAGUAACAACUCCAUCGCUUAUCAACCUCCUCCUGCGUGAUCUCCAGCACCACACCAGUGUCUAGGUAUGAAAACAGCACGUUUCUGUGGUUAAACGAUCAGGAGAAAGGUCCUAAAAAUAUGCUUCUCUGUGACAUCACAGGGUAGGAUUAAAUGUACAAAACUGUGGUUUUUCAAAAACCAGCAACAAGUUUCUAGCCCAAAGGCAGGGUUUCUUUCUGGCUCUCCCCACUUCACUGCGAAUCUCAUCAGGUAGAGCUUUUUAACUUUGUUUUAUUCUACAAAAACAUAGAAAUGCGACGUUUUCACAUUUGUUGACACUGUUAUUGUGCUGGGGAUAAUGAAAAUGAGGUUGUAAAGUGGUGGAGUUGACCUUUAUCAUUCUGUGAUGGGUGGCCCAGUGGCCAAAUUGAGUGUACCUUCGAGCGUACUCUCUAAAUGCCGUGGUCUGAGGAGCCUUUUCCCCGUUCUAGUCAUUCUAUUUCUAUGACUGUGAUACACGUGUGCCUCGGUCGGUAGAGCAUGGUGCUGGCGACGUCAAGGGUCGUGGGUUCAAUUCCCGCUAGGGCAACCCAUAUGGAGAAGAAAAAAAAAUUCACGCAUGAUUAAGUUGCUUUGAAUAAAAGCGUCUGCUAAUUGGCAUAUGUUAUAAUACAGAGACUUCAGAGCGACUUUAGCCAGCGAUGGGUUGAAGGACCUACUGUAGGCUUGUACAUACAGAUUGCUCCGUGUCCAUAACUUGAAUCCAUCUCUUGUCUCUCUCUCUGUCUCUCUCUCCCCAUCUGUCUCUCUCUCUCCAUCUGUCUCUCUCCAUCUGUCACUCUCUCUCCAUCUGUCUCUCUCUCUCCAUCUGUCUCUCUCUCUGUCUCUGUCUCUCCCCAUCUGUCUCUCUCGCCAUCUGUCUCUCUCUCGCCAUCUGUCUCUUUCGCCAUCUGUCUCUCUCUCUCCAUCUGUCUCUCUCUCUCCAUCUGUCUCUCUCUCCAUCUGUCUCUCCCCAUCUCUCUCUCCCCAUGUCUCUCUCUCUCCAUCUGUCUCUCUCUCUCCAUCUGUCUCUCUCUCUCCAUCUGUCUCUCUCUCUCCAUCUGUCUCUCUCUCCCCAUCUGUCUCUCUCUCCCCAUCUGUCUCUCUCUCCAUCUGUCUCUCUCUCCAUACAGACAGGCCUAUGAAAACUGCUGUGUUCUAGAGGCCCGUAUCUGUUACGAUGUGGCCAAGCUGAUGUCCCUCAACUCAGAAAGGUAAGUAGUUCCUCUGCUUGACUGUCAUUGUCUGUAGAAAGGUAAGUAGUUCCUCUGCUUGACUGUCAUUGUCUGUAGAAAGGUAAGUAGUUCCUCUGCUUGACUGUCAUUGUCUGUAGAAAGGUAAGCAGUUCCUCUGCUUGACUGUCAUUGUCUGUAGAAAGGUAAGUAGUUCCUCUGCUUGACUGUCAUUGUCUGUAGAAAGGUAAGCAGUUCCUCUGCUUGACUGUCAUUGUCUGUAGAAAGGUAAGUAGUUCCUCUGCUUGACUGUCAUUGUCUGUAGAAAGGUAAGCAGUUCCUCUGCUUGACUGUCAUUGUCUGUAGAAAGGUAAGUAGUUCCUCUGCUUGACUGUCAUUGUCUGUAGAAAGGUAAGCAGUUCCUCUGCUUGACUGUCAUUGUCUGUAGAAAGGUAAGUAGUUCCUCUGCUUGACUGUCAUUGUCUGUAGAAACAACAUAGGACUCAACUUGGAUAUAACCUGUUUUUUGCGUGGACAUUGAGGGCUUCCACCAUUUUAAAGUAGUCAACUGGGCGGGGAUUCCUAGGGGUUGGGAGCGAUCAGCCAAUGAUCAGAUGUCCUUUUUUUUUCUUCAAAUUGUGUACUACGGUUUGUAAAUAGCUUUAAGCUAUAUCACCGCCAUCUAGUGGCCACAAUAAAUGAGUGAAACGCAAGAUGUGGUUCAGGACUCCAACACUGCAGGUGGCUGUAAAUCAGCAAUAUUAGCGUUCAGCUUUUUUCAACCAAAAAAAGAAUACAAAAAUUGACUACUUUAAAAUGGAGAUGGCCUGAACGGCGCUGCCCAUGAUGUCACAGAUGCCAUGAUGUCACAGAUGAGAUCUCUUUUGAGCAAUCCUCAUUUGUCCAGUGAUCUGUGUAUUUGGUCAUGUGAUAUGAGCAUGCGUGCUGUCAUGUGAUGUGGUCAUGUGUUCUGUAAACAGGAAGAAGACCGAGCGUAGCAAGAAGUUCUUCACAGACCUGAAGUCCAAGGAGCACAUCCCCACCAUGAUAAACCCCAAACCCUGUGGACAUCUCUGUUGCUGUAUCAUCAAGGGCUGUGAGCAGGUGAGACCAGCCCUGCAUCCCAAAUCAUACCAGAGACGUGCCCCCUAGAUCUGAGAGUCUACGAUAAGUGUCCAACCCCUAUCCCAUAACCCAGAGGUCUAGGAUAUGUGUCCAACCCCUAGCCCAUAACCCAGAGGUCUAUGAUAGGUGUCCAACCCCUAGCCCAUAACCCAGAGGUCUAUGAUAGGUGUCCAACCUCUAUCCCAUAACCCAGAGGUCUAUGAUAGGUGUCCAACCCCUAGCCCAUAACCCAGAGGUCUAUGAUAGGUGUCCAACCCCUAUCCCAUAACCCAGAGGUCUAUGAUAGGUGUCCAACCCCUAUCCCAUAACCCAGAGGUCUAUGAUAGGUGUCCAACCCCUAGCCCAUAACCCAGAGGUCUAUGAUAGGUGUCCAACCCCUAGCCCAUAACCCAGAGGUCUAUGAUAGGUGUCCAACCCCUAGCCCAUAACCCAGAGGUCUAUGAUAGGUGUCCAGAAUAUCGCAACAAUUCAACCUGGCCUAUCAGGGCAAGACGGAGCUACCACCUUUUAAUGAAUGUACUGUACAGGAGGUGAGUUACUAUCCCAAGCUGGAAGCCCCCUAACCCACCAUCUCUCUCCUACAGGAGGAGGCAGUGAGUUACUAUCCCAAGCUGGAAGCCCCCUAACUAACCAUCUCUCUCCUACAGGAGGAGGCAGUGAGUUACUACACCAAGCUGAAGCCCCUAACUAACCAUUUCUCCCUACAGGAGGAAGCAGUGAUUACUACAAGCUGGAAGCCCCCAAACUAACCAUUUUCUCCUACAGGAGGAAGCAGUGAGUUAUCAAGCUGGAAGCCCCCUAACUAACCAUCUCUAUCCUAAGAGAAGCGAGUUACUAAAGCUGGAACCCCCUAACCAACCAUCUCUCUCCUACAGGAGGAGGUAGUGAGUACUAACCCAAGCUGAAGCCCUAACUAACCACUAUCCCAUAAGGCAGGAGGCAGUGAGUUACUACCCAAGCUGGAAGCCUAAUACAACCAUUUCUCCUACAGAGGAGCAGUGAGUUACUACAAGCAUGGAACCCCCUAAAUCAACCAUCCUCCCUACAGAGGAGCAGUGAGUGUACUAUCAUACCCAAGCUGGAAGCCACCCUACAUAACCACGUCUCUAUAGGAGGCAACCGUGAGUUACUAACCAAGCUGGAAGCCCCCUAACUAACCAUCUCUCUAGGAGAGGUGCAGAUGAUGUUACUACAAGCUGGAAGCCCCAAACAACCAUCUCUCUCUACAGGAGAGGCAGGUGAGUUACUUACACCAAGCUGGAAGCCCCCUAACAACCAUCUCUCUCCUACAGGAGGAAGGCAGUGAGUUACUAUCCCAAGCUGGAAGCCCCCUAACUAACCAUCUCUCUCCUACAGGAGGAGGCAGUGAGUUACUACACCAGCUGGAAGCCCCCUAACUAACCAUUUCUCUCCUACAGGAGGAAGCAGUGAGUUACUACAAGCUGGAAGCCCCCUAACUAACCAUCUCUCUCCUACAGGAGGAGGCAGUGAGUUACUACACCAAGCUGGAAGCCCCCUAACUAACCAUCUCUCUCCACAGGUGGAAGGCAGUGAGUUACUACCAAGCUGGAAGCCCCCUAACUAACCAUCUCUCUCCUACAGGAGGAGGAGCAGUGAGUUACUACAAGCUGGAAGCCCCCUAACUACCAUCUCUCUCCUACAGGAGGAAGCAGUGAUGUUACUAUCCCAAGCUGGAAGCCCCCUAACUAACCAUCUCUCUCUACAGGAGGAAGCAGUGAGUUACUACACCAAGCUGGAAGCCCCCUAACUAACCAUCUCUCUCCUACAGGAGGAAGCAGUGAGUUACUAUCCCAAGCUGGAAGCCCCCUAACUAACCAUCUCUCUCCUACAGGAGGAGGCAGUGAGUUACUACACCAAGCUGGAAGCCCCCUAACUAACCAUUUCUCUCCUACAGGAGGAAGCAGUGAGUUACUACAAGCUGGAAGCCCCCUAACUAACCAUCUCUCGUCCUACAGGAGAGGCAGUGAGUUACUACACCAAGCUGGGAAGCCCCCUAACUAACCAUUCUCUCCUACAGGAGGAAGCAGUGAGUUACUCCAAGCUGGAAGUCCCCUAACUUAACCAUCUCUCUCCUACCGAGGAGGCAUGAGUUACUACACCAAGCUGGAAGCCCCCCUAACUAACCAUCUAUCUCCCUAAAGGAGGAAGCAGUGAGUUACACACCAAGCUGGAGGUCCAAGCUGAAGGAGGAGUACAGGAAGGAGAAAGAGAAGGUCAACAGUAAACCACUAGGAAUGGCCUUCGUUACCUUCCAGAACGAAGCCAUGACCGCCAUGUAAGAGAGAGUGUUUGUGUCAGUGAGAGAGUGAGGCAGUAUAGGUGUGUAUAUAUAUAUAUAUAUAUAUAUAUAGGUGUGAAUGUGUGACGGAAAUAAAAGGAAUGAGAUUGUAUAAAUUGGAAUGUUAAGUGGGAAUGGUAGUGUUAGUUGGAAUGUUAAGUGGGAAUGGUGGUGUUAGUUGGAAUGUUAAGUGGGAAUGGUGGUGUUAGUUGGAAUGUUAAGUGGGAAUGGUAGUGUUAGUUGGAAUGUUAAGUGGGAAUGGUGGUGUUAGUUGGAAUGUUAAGUGGGAAUGGUAGUGUUAGUUGGAAUGUUAAGUGGGAAUGGUGGUGUUAGUUGGAAUGUUAAGUGGGAAUGGUAGUGUUAGUUGGAAUGUUAAGUGGGAAUGGUAGUGUUUUUGUAGUCUCUAAUUCCCAUUCUUCCAAGUCUCGUUCAUCACUCUGCUAUUGGAAUGAAUGAGAAAAAGCUGGAAAUCAAGGUUUGUCUUUUUGUGCAUUGUUAACAGUAAAUCAAGUGAUAUCUUUCUAAAUGUUUCCCUGUUCAGUAUCCUGAAGGACUACAAUGCAUGUAAGUGUCAGGGCUGCCACUGUCGGAGGGAACCCAAGUCUUCUGCCUUCAGCCAGCACCUUCACACAUACUCCUGGACCGUUGGCUAUGCACCAGACCCACAGAACGUCUACUGGUGAGGA